UUUGUCCGGCAGAGAAGCUACCAGCCAGUAAGUCCGUACAGAGAGAAACCACUGGCGAGACUUUUUUUUUUUUAGACAGCAGCACAGCGCAGGUCGGGACCGUCGGUGAAAAGGGGAGCCGGUAAUGUGGAGUCGACAGCCGGAGGACAGCAGCAACUGAGCCCGAGGACUGUGAAAGGGAAACAACCGAGCUUAGGGAGUUGUCUUUUUUAACUCAACGGUUCCGCCGGCUAACCCCCCGCUUAGCUACUCGGCUAACACCCACCGCUCCUCGCGUCCUUUCUCGCCAGGAGAAACCGCACCUGGCCCGGCUGUCAGUUUCUCCCUCUCCUCUUAUAGACUUCAAACAAUGUGCGGCUCAAUCCUGAACGACUUUUCACGCCCGGGGUGGGGUUUAACACACACUUUGCCACGCCGCCAGUGAUAGCUAAACGGUCCGAGCUAACAAGUUGACGUGGAGGAGGAGGACGAUUGUUGUUCUUCAAGCUGUGAUUUCAGACGGAUUACUUCUUUUUUUGUUGUUUGUUUUGGUUUGUUUGCCUACUCCCGUCCGAGGUGGUCUCUCUUUGGUGACCCCCCCCUCCUUCUUCCUCAAGUGAACAAAUCGUCCAGGUUACAUACAAACCAGCCAGUUAGCUAUGUUCAUUUGUGGCCAGAAAGUAAUUCCCAGUGUUUACAAAUUCCACAGUGGGACUCUUUCCUGGUUCGAGUACUGCAACGGGAACAUUAGCUAACACAGACUAGCUCAGAUUAGUGUCGUCGUGGUCUGUGUACUACUAGAUAGAUAGGUAGGUAGGUAGUCGGAUCAAAGUGUUGCCAAACAAUUUAACUGCAAAAGAAGAACCACAAAUCAGCUGUUGAUUGUGGUUUUCAUUGCAAAGCCAGAUAUUCCUGUCUUUUUUUGUUGUUUCCACCAGUGAUUUGACUUUACUGCAGACGAGACUGCACAGGUUUCGUACGUACCUCUGUGUGUGUGUGUGUGUGUGUGUGUGUGUGAGAGAGAGAGAGAGAGAAAACUUAACAGUGGGUGUCUGAUCGCAACCCUUUACCUCCUCUUGACAGUGAAGUCACGUUGAGUUGUUUCCCGCAGGGAGUUGAUCCAUUGAUCGGAUCGUUAUUGUGCUAUUUUAGCUGAUUGCGGGGGAAACGCAGACACACACACGCGCACACAGACAGACAGAGAGAGAGAGAGAGAGAGAGAAACAGAAGCGAUGUCGGGCCAAUCUAUCACGGAUCGGAUCGCAGCAGCGCAACACAGCAUGACCGGGUCGGCCAUCAGCAAGGCUGUGUGCAAAGCCACCACACAUGAAGUCAGCGGACCCAAGAAGAAACACCUUGACUAUCUGAUCCACUGCACCAAUGAGAUGAACGUGAACAUUCCCCAGCUGGCGGAUACGCUGUUUGAGCGCACGGCUAACUCCAGCUGGGUGGUGGUCUUCAAAGCCCUUAUCACCACCCACCACCUCAUGAUGUAUGGCAACGAGGUAGGAGGCUUGCACACAAACAAAAACCCCUCCAGGGCAGCUACGGCACGUUUCACCCAGUACCUGGCCUCCAGAAACACCCUGUUUAACCUGAACAACUUCCUGGACAAGGGAGCUCUGCAAGGUUACGACAUGUCAACCUUCAUCAGGCGAUACAGCCGUUACCUGAAUGAGAAGGCCAUGUCCUACAGACUGGUGGCUGUGGAUUUCACCAAGAUGAAGAGGGGGAUUGACGGUGUGAUGCGUACCAUGAACACAGAGAAGCUGAUCAAGACGCUGCCCAUCAUUCAGAACCAGCUGGAUGCACUGCUGGAUUUCCAGGCCAACCCUAAUGAGCUGACCAACGGAGUGAUCAACUCAGCCUUCAUGUUGCUCUUCAAAGACUCCAUCAGGCUCUUUGCUGCCUACAACGAAGGGGUCAUCAACCUAUUGGAGAAAUACUUUGACAUGAAGAAGAACCAGUGCAAAGAUGCUCUGGACAUCUACAAGAAAUUUCUUUACAGGAUGACGAAGCUGUCAGAGUUCCUCAAAGUGGCUGAGCAAGUUGGAAUAGAUCAGGGUGACAUCCCAGAUCUCUCACAGGCCCCCAGCAGCCUCCUGGAGGCUUUGGAGCAGCACCUGGCCUCUCUGGAGGGCAAGAAGACAAAGGAGUUGAAUGCAGACACCAGAGCGUCCACCCUGUCCAGCGCCGUCUCAUCCCUCUCCUCCACUGGCAUGUCCUUCAGCCGCAUGGAUGAGAAGGAGAAACAGCAGGCCUUGGAGGAGGAACAGGCCAGACUGCAGGCGCUUAAGGACCAGCGCCUGAAGGAGAUCAACAUGCAUACCCCGCCCUCUGCCUCCCCAAGCAGCCAGUCGAUGGGCAGCGCCAACAACAACCACAUCUCACAAACCCCGGAGUUGUUCGGCACCACGCUGUCUGCCAACAGUGUGCCCAAUCUGAACAGUGACCUGUUUGAUCUUCAGCCGGCCUUCAUCCCCGCUGUGCAGAGCACUCCUUCAAUCUCCACCGCCAACAGUGCCUGGGGAGGAAUGGAGAGCCAGCCUCUGCAGCAGACUGCCCCAGCCAUGACUGUAGAUUUCGAUGCUGUGUUUGGGAAUAAGGCCGCGCCCAGUAACAACGGCCCACAACCUGCAGCCGGUUUUGAUGCUCUAGGAGACCUGUUGAAGCCUACAAUUCCCACACACACUGCACCUCAUCCUCCUCCUCCUCAAAUGGUCAUCCAUCCUGGAGGAAAGCUGCUAGCCAACGACCUUGACUCCUCUCUGGCCAACCUCGUGGGCAAUCUGCAGUUUGGUGGGACCCCAGCCAAGAAGCCAGAUAUGCAUUGGAGCCAGCCCGGAGAGAAGAAGCUGACCGGGGGCCAGAACUGGCAGAAUAAGACCAUGUCGACCACACAGUGGAGCCCCGCGCCCAUGGCCCCGCAGCCCAUGCCUGUGCAACACGUGGCUCCAGCUCCCAUGGCUUUUCCCAUGACCACACCGCAAGUGCCUGUGUAUGGAAUGGUCCCUCCCCAGAUGGGUCAGAUGGGCGGGGUACCAGUGAUGGCUCCUCAGCCUAUGAUGUACAACCAGCCUGUUCUCAGACCCACCAACCCCUUCGUACCCAUGCCCGGAGCCCAGAUGCAGUUUAUGUAAUCCAGUCAGGGGGGAAGCAGAGUGCCAAAAGCGACAAACAAACAAACAGCAGAAGAAAACACACAAGAGGAACGAUCAGAUGGACGUGGGAGUAAUUUGAUCAAGCUAAAGCGACAAAGAGACAGACAGACGACAAGAUAUCCAACCAACACCAAAAAAGUUGGAAAGAGGAGGAGAAGAUCACCGAGCAGAGGAUGGAGGGGUGUGGUGGGGAAGAUGUCAUCCUGGCUGGUUGUUGUCUGAAACAACUUUGUGUGUGUGUGUGUGUGUGUGUGUGUGUAGCUUCUUUCUGUCAUACUGUUUAAUUUGUGUGUUAAAUGCUAUCGAUGGAGUGAUAUUUCAGGAAAGGGAAUGCGGAUGAGAGACAAAGAUGGCGGAGAGGAGAGAAGAGGGGAUUGAGGAAAUCCUACCUCUGGUUUUCAGUCAGACCGACCCGUCUGACUGCUUGUGAGAGUCUCUGCUGCAGAAUUAGCUUUAUUUCAUACUGGUGCUAUUUGUGUCCUCUCUGGGUUACCAGACGCCUGCAACGGCAACAUGGAAGCUUUUGGGAGGGGACAAGUGUUGGUUUAGUGUGCGUGUGUGUGAGUGUCAGUGAAAGUAUGUGUAUCUCUGUAAAGAAAAGUUGUUUCAGACAAUACCUUUACAACCGACCUCCUCUCCAUCCCCUCCUUUCACUGUCUGCGUCCACGACUGUCCAACCAGCGAGGGAUUUAGAGGCAAAUCUUCAAAAUAUUGUUUCCCGUGAUUUUCCGCUCUGUUGGGAUCAGUCUGUAUUUUUCAAUCUGUUUUCUUCUGCAGCCGCUCCUGAAUGUUACCAGGGCUUGUACAGCAAAUUUUUUUGAACCAUUUGUUAAUAGUAGUUGAGCAUUUGUUGUUAUGGGUUUUAAGCUAAAGUCUUUGUUACUCAUACUGCAUUGUUUUCCUCUCCUAAAGCUACAGAUACACACAGAGAGACAGGGCUUAGCGGUGACAACAUGCUAGCACAGUACAUAGUCGUCCAAAUUGUCUGUGAACUAAAAUGUUCAAUAUUUUUCUUAGGGCCUGGUCACAUCAGAAAGUGGUACAGUGAAAUUCAUCUGUGCUUUUUCGAGGAAUAUUGGGGUCCUAGAAGCAUGUUGAAUUGGUAAACUACUGCAGCUGCUGAGCUAACGGCUAACACUGUAGCCAGCCAGGAAAUAGCUAAUGCUUGUCCGUCACAGUUGCUGUCUGAGCUUCUCUCUAUUUUCUAUUUCUCUGUAACGUGUUGUUCCCCUGGCGUUGUAUUCUCGGGAUCAUUUAAUUCAAUAAAUUAAAUUAAUGAAAUAAAUAAAAGAGGGGGAAAAAUGGUGUCUGAGCUAGCUAGUGUUUAAACUGUCAGUUAGCAAGUUUGUUACUGUCAUGUUUAUUCAAAAGACAUAUUUUGGUCUACAACGAUUCCUCAAAAUAUUUUAUUUCUAUUUCGCCAAAGGUCUACACAGUAAAAGACUGCUUGCUUUUGGUUAACAGCACCAAGUUGUCUGUCAAAGUUUACAAAAGUUGAAUUUGACGUGAAAAAUGUGCACAGAUUUGCUUCCCCCCAAUUAGCGAAUCCACUAAUUUGGGCUGUUGAAUUGGAAUUGGCUAAUUUCACCGCUAAAUUUCACCAUUUUAAAUGCUGGUGUGACCAAGAAUUUAGCCAGACGUAAUUUUACACUCCCUUAUCUUGACAUUUUGGCUGCCAUUGCUCUCAGUUGAGGGUAAAAUGUAAGACAUUUGUAUUUUUGUCAUGCUAAAGAGACUGCUUGUUAGCAUCAUUAGUCUGUGAGCACCUGGUUGACCUGUGUGUAUCUGUUCUUGUCUUCAUCAGCUCACAAACCUUUCAUCAGGUACACCCUAUUAGCAGAUCCACAUUAUGUGCCAACAAUUGAUGACAGCAGCACUGAGUGAGUGAUUAAAUGUUACUGAAUCAAGUUGAAUUCACUUUAAAUUGCACUAAAUCAAGUGGCUUUAUGUGCAACUUUGUCUGCAACGAGAGCCAAACAACACUGAUCUUUUGGCAGUAUUCUCGCUCCGCGGUUUCCAGGAAAUUAAGGGGAUCAAAUUUGACUCAUGUAAGAGGUCAUGGCCAUUCCUCAGCCAAAGCACCCAUGAGUUUGACUGUAGGUAUAUGUGUUCAUAAUACAUUUAGUUAUGCGUUCACGUGUGUGCUUGCACAUUUAUGUGUAUGUUUUCCAUUGAGGACUAAUUUUGAGGGUGAAAUUGUGUCAGAUUUCAAGCCAAAUUUGAGCCAGCGAGUUUGACGCGAAAUGUGCUUGUUUUGUUUUUGUAAAAUCAAAUUUUAUUGCAAAAUGCACAUGCAAAAAUGUUGCACUGAAGUGACUAUCCUGCCAUACUGGAGCUGUUGCCAGUUUUUCUGGUGUGGAAAAAGUUGAGAAAGAGAAUUGAAGUUUGUGGAAAUUGUUUGAGGUUUUACAAUAAGAAGUUUGUCUAAUCUACCAGCCACUGUGGCGGGUAACUAAAAAUGAUUUUCCUGCCAUUCUAACAACUUUAAACUUUUUUGUAGUCCCAUACCCGGUCCCAGUCCAGCGUCUACAUCCCAGUCAUCAGUCAUCAUGUGUGUUACACUUCAUCAACCACUCUGCUAUUAAAAUCUCUAGAAUCUCGCUUCUCAACUCUGUCUAGUUGGUUAAUCUCUAGAAUGCUUUUUUUAGCCUGCCUCGUCACUGUUUGGUAUGUGUAGAUAUGUGAAAAGAAAUAAUAGUAAUAAUAACCAGUUUCUGUCUAGAUUGUCUGCCCCCACCCAUCGCUGUCGCUGUUGGAUAGAUAAUGCUCUUAGGCGCUUCUUGUCAGUCUUGUGUUAGCUUAGCCUCUCGUCGAAGUAUCCUCCUGCAGUAGGUUUCCCACCUUGUCCUCACCUCUGCCAGUGUCUAGUAACUAUAGCUCUAUUAUCUCUCUUGGUGUCUCUGUCUUUUAGCUGUAGACGAAACCUUUCAGAGGCUCUCAGGCUUUGUGGUUCGCUUUAAGCGCUCUUUCUUCUCGCUGUUAACAUGCUCCAGUGUCUGGUAGAUAAGGUCGUCUUCAUUUUUUCCCCUACUAUUUCAAUAACGUCGGCCAUCUCCGUCUCUCGUUCUGAUGUCAGCAGCCUACAAACUGUCUCUGAUUGGACUGUUGAACCUAGACAGGGAAUCAGAUGCUUGGGUUUCCAGGUCUUUUAUGACAGAUGGGAUACUUUGUUGGUUAUAAGAGAGACAUACAGUACAUUUAUAGUCCGAACAGGUUUUAGACGUUUUGACACUUUGACGGUUGACCAGCUGUUGUUCAGGGCUACUUUUAAAUAUCAUUCACUGGGGAAAAUGUGGCAAGUAGCAAGGGAAUCCAUCAAUCACUGGGACACUUGAACAAAAGUUUGGUUGCAAGCUCUGAUUGUAAGAAAGAUGUAGGUUAUCUUUGGUUUUCGUGCCCAGUCAAACUUUUAUCCAUCAUUGAACAAACAGCUGCUUUCUGGUGUUUCUGUUGUCCGAAAACUGAUCUGUUAAGUCCCCCAGGACACCGUUGGUGUCCUAAACAGGGACUCUGUGGAGCUUCUCCAUCCUCAAAAUCCUCCCCUUCAGGGCCUAAAAUACAGGUACCUUUUACUUUUGGAUCACAACUUGGACGCUCGCUCAAUUUUCUUAAAGAAUGUCUGAGCUUUUGGCACCAAAAGAGUUCUAAUUGUGGUUCUUUAUUUUCUGGUACAGCUGUCUUAGUGUCUCCGAUAUGGUGUGAUGAAUUUGCACUUCAGAAAGAGAUGCCGUAUAUCGUUGCACUGAUCCAGAAUCAGAUCAUCCGCACCCUGGAUCUUACAAACAAUGAAUCACAUCUAAUUGCAGAUCUGAUCAUUCCUGAUGUGUUGUAAUUACCUCUUAGAAUACAAAAUGUUUUGGCUUCGGUAUGAAGGACAGUAAAAUCAAUGCCUGGGUGUUUUGUUUAAUAUUGCCAACUUCCCUGACAGGUGAAAUCAAACCGUAUGAAUGCAGUUUUACCCAGUCUGACUUCCUUUUCCAGUGAACACAGCUUAUUUUCUUUCAGGCUAAAUCUACAAUUUGUGUUUUUCUUGGGCAGUAAUUGGCUUUCCUUUCCUUUUGUGUUUCUUGUUCUGUUUCAUGAAACUUAAAAUUUCUCUGCAUGGGAUCCCGUCCUGCCCGUUGUGGUGAGGUUUUCUUUGUCUGUGUGUCUCUCAAGGGGUUUCAAAAUGGUCAGAUUAUGUGCGGUAGAGCGAGCGUAGAAGAGGAGACUACUGUGGUUUUUGAGUCUCAUAAAUGCUGCUGGCUCGUCUUCUCGUCUCCUUAGCGUUGAUGUAACUGCCAGUAAUUAUUACAGCUUCAUCAUGUAGGUAAUUUUGUUACGGUAUUUAUCCAGGGAGGGGUUUGGCCGAGCAUGCAGGCUCUUUUUUUCGGCAACUCCCUUCCUCAAAUUUAGACACUUUCUCACAUUUACAGCUGGGAGUUUCCCAGUGGACAACCACUGUUUUUUGGUGUUGGCUACCGACCUUGCUCCAUUUGGGAUCAGACCAGGUAAACCUUGUGGCAAAGUUUCUCUCAACUUUCAAAGCUGCUACCACACCUCUCUGCAUUGUUGUAGCAUGAAUCCCGGUGGAUAAGGAUACACGGAUAUACCUUGAUGUCAUAUUAAAAUGUCUGUUCUCUGCUAAGGCCAAGUGUAUCAAACAUUCAGAGAGCAGACUUCUCUCUGGCGAGCAAUCUUUCUCUCUUUCUAGGUGUCGGUGAGUGCAUGGUUGUAUCGUUGUCGUUUUUUUUUUUUUUUUUU